AUGUCUACCGUCUCGAGCAACCACACCGACAAAAUGAUCAACAAGACAAACCCGUCUACCACCUCAUCCUCCCACACUUGGAUGACUGCGAGAACGAGUGACAGGACCUCAAACACACAGCCUAUCAUCUACUCAUCCGCCUCCAAAACCUCCCUACCAACCCUCACAGACAGCAGUAUAGACGAUGAUAUCGAAAUCCCCUCCUCCAUUCUCUCCACCACAACAGAAUCAUCCCUAACAUCCUUCUUUACACCCCUAAACCCAAACCUCAUCUCCUUCGAAGACGAACUCUCCAGCUACGUAGGUACCGUCACCGACUCCUGGACCGAAUGGGCUCUCGACCCUGAACUAGGCUUCGAUAACUCCAUUUCCGAUAACAUCGCCCCGAACUUGGAUCUCGAUAUCCCGCAAACACCAUGGGAGCAUGACAACGAGCAUGGAAAUCUCAUCAUCCGCGGCCCAACAAUCCUCCUCACCACCCUGAAACAGAAGACUGUACCCACGUUCCUCAAGAAAAUGGGAUACAGCGCCCCCAUCCCCCUCAGCAAAAACCCAGUGGUCAGGAACUUUGACUUGAAUAUAAACGAGUCCAAGAAUGAUUCUCCGCCUUGGUCCCCAUAUACCCUCUCGACGAGGCUUCUUGCGUUAGAGCGUUAUAUCGAGGAUAAGCCUGGCACAAAGCUCUCGACCAUAUACCCCCCUAUUGAAACCUGGGGGCGCAGGAAGGUCGGGUAUCGGGCUGUAUGGUGCAUUGACCGGGUAUUUCGAUUCCAUGGGAUCUGUAUCCGGGGGUUCGGGGUGGAUGUAGCCUGUGUUUCUGGUUUGGUUGGGGUGCCUGUUGUUUUGCUGCAGGCGGAUAGGGAGGCCCCUGUUAGGGCUUGGAGGGGGGCUGUAAGGGAUGUAGGGUUGGCUGGGUUAUGGGAUUUGGGGAUUAAGAUGGGUAGGGAUGGGGAGGGGAUUGUGGAGGUUGAUGUGGAUGUGGAUUUUGGUUGUGGGGGGUUGGAUGUCGAUGGCUUAUUUUCUUCUUCUUCUCCUAGAGGUGUGGAGGAGAGGGUGAGGGAAUGUUUGGUUUAUCUUGGGGGUAGGGGGUAA